GCAGAUCAAAUAAGAAAUAAAGUAUUAAAAAAAGUGUGUGCCACUCGAUGGGAAGCAAGACACAGCGCUGUGUAUUCCCUUAAAUUUAAUUUUAUAAACGUUUUAAAAUCUUUAACUAAUAUAUUAUUAACAAGUGAUAAAACUGAUGAAAAAAAUAGAGCUAAAUCACUGAAAAAAAAAAUGGAAUCAUUUGAAUUUGUUAUGUUAAUGACCAUUUGGGAAAAUAUUUUAAAACCUUUAUCGGUUGUAUCAAAGGUACUACAAUCACCACAAACCAAUCUUCACAAGGCAUGUGACUUAUUGCAAGGAACAAUUUUAUCAAUUGAAAAAAUGAGAGGAGAUUAUGAUGAACUCGUUGCAUCAGCAACUGGAUUAUGUCAUAAAUGGGGUAUAUCUAUUACAAAACCUACAACCCGUAAAAUAUAUUCAAAACAAUACUUUGGAGAAAUUCAAGGAGAUAGACGAUUUGAUGUGCCCGAAGAAAAAUUUCGUGUAGCAAUUUUUUAUCCUCUCAUUGAUACAGCUUUAUUUCAGUUGCGAGAUCGAUUUAAAGGACUUCAUUCUGUUUCAAGAAAUUUUGAAUUUUUACUUCCACAAAAUAUAGUUGCCAUGAAAGAGUCAGAAAUAGUUAAAUCUUGUUAUGAUUUCAUAUCAUUUUACAAUAAUGAUGUCACAACAGAUUUGAUAAGACAACUAAUUUCAUUAAAAGAAUUUAUUAUAAAUACAAAAAUUCAAACUAUUCAAGAAUUGACAUAUUUUGUAAUUGAAAAUGAUCUUUCAUCACUGUACAGUGAAAUUCUGACUGCUUCUAUUAUAUACUUAAGUCUUCCAGUUACCGUCGCUACAGCCGAAAGGUCAUUUUCAAAAUUAAAAUUAUUGAAAAACUAUCUUCGGAAUUCAAUUUCACAAGACAGAUUAACUGGCAUCAGUAUACUUAACAUAGAAAAAUCAAAAACUAAAGAACUUGAUCUUGACAAAUUGAUAAAUGACUUUGCUAACAUUAAAUCUAGAAAGAAAAACUUUUUAAAAUAA